AUGCUCACUUCCAGGGCUCAAAGGGGUUCUACUAGUGGAGACGACUCAGAACUAAGUGUCCGGGUCGCUGUUCUAACACCAGAGUUCAGAGCUAUGGGCAGUGACCACUGGUUUCGGAGACCUUUUUCCUUACAAGUACACAAGAAAUCUUACUCGGUAAGGAUGAUAUCACCAUCAAACAGGUACUCAUCAACGCCUUCCACUCUGUUCACCUCUAGAAUAGACGAACCAUCGCCACUAGGCAUGUCUUCUGCUGCAAGUGCUCCCUGCAAGUGA